AAUGCCUGCCCUGCAGAGUUCAGCGAGAGCAUAAAUGUACAGCAUCACACGCAGACACACACAGGCGAGAAGCCAUACAAGUGCGAUGUCUGCCCUGCAGAGUUCACCCGGAGCAGCUAUCUACAGCAUCACAAGCGGAGACACACGGGCGAGAAGCCAUACAAGUGCGAUGUCUGCCCUGCAGAGUUCAGCCGGAGCGGCCAUCUACGGGGUCACAAGCGCACGCACACAGAAGAGAAGCCAUAGAAGUGCAAUGCCUGCCCUGCAGAGUUCAGCGAGAGCAUAAAUGUACAGCAUCACACGCAGACACACACAGGCGAGAAGCCAUACAAGUGCGAUGUCUGCCCUGCAGAGUUCACCCGGAGCAGCUAUCUACAGCAUCACAAGCGGAGACACACGGGCGAGAAGCCAUACAAGUGCGAUGUCUGCCCUGCAGAGUUCAGCCGGAGCGGCCACCUACAAUGUCACAGGCAGACACACACGGGUGAGAAGCCAUACAAGUGCGAUGUCUGCCAUGCAGGGUUCAGUCAGAGCGGGAAUCUACAGGGUCACAUGCGCACGCACACAGGAGAGAAGCCAUACAAGUGCGAUGUAUGCCCUGCGCAGUUCAGAUUGGGCGGCCACCUACAGCGUCACAAGCAGACACACACGGGCGAAAAGCCAUAUAAGUGCAAUGUCUGCCCUGCAGAGUUCAGCCGGAGCAGCGACCUAAAACGUCACAAGCAGACACACACGGGCGAGAAGCCAUACAAGUGCGAUGUCUGCCCUGCAGAGUUCAGCCGGAGCGGCCAUCUACGGGGUCACAAGCGCACGCACACAGAAGAGAAGCCAUAG